CACUGUUGUUACACUCAAAUCUGUCCCCGAUAUGGGAGGAAUAGUUGACAGCGCACGUCGGAGCCUUUACGCAACACAGCUACAAUGUAAUGGACUUUUAAUUUCAAAACUCAUUUAAAAGAGUUGACAAGCCGGUGCAGCAACAACAUAUUACAUUAAACUAACCGCUGACCAUUGAUGGUGUCCUUUGAUAAACAUUGUUCCUGUUUAAGCUUAACGUUACGGACAUCAACAAUCUUGCGCGAUCCUAGUAGCUGUAAAGCUAGCCAUCUAACGUUAGUCAGUUAACGUUAGCUUCUUAGCUAACAACACUCCCCGGCUAUUUUUAGUGCAAUUAAGCAGCUAUUUCCAGACCAAGGCGUCACCCUCUUACGACCUGUAAAGUCAUUAUUGUCUCCCAUGAUCUCGUUAAGUUAGCUAAUCAUUUGUACAAAAUGUCAACGACAUCGUUGGAUAAGGAAUUGCAAGAGCGCUUGAGAGAGGCGUCUGCGAUUGGAGACAUCGACGAGGUGCGGAUUUUAGUGGAAAGCGGAGUAAAUGUCAACUCUCAAAACGAAAUAAACGGAUGGACAUGUUUGCAUUGGGCAUGCAAGAGAAACCACAAACCGGUUGUGUCGUACCUGCUGAACUCUGGCGCUGACCAAGAGAUCCUCACUGCUAAAGAUGAGCUGGCUGUCCAGCUGACCUCUAAGCCUGAAAUCAGAAGACUGUUAGGAGUUGAGGAGGAGGAAGUGCCUGAAAUCAAGGAGCCUGAGUUGCCAAUCAUCCCAAACUACCUGUCCAACCCGCCAUUCAUGUACAGUAAGAUGGACAACAAGGCUGAGCUCAUAUUGGCACAGUUGACCCAAAAUGGCAAUGGAGACCACUCAUCAGAUGACCCACACAGUGACUCAGCUUCCCUGUCGCCCACCCACGAGCAACAGCUGCCUCAGCAACCGCAGAGCCUACUCUCUGACACCCCGAGCCCGAGGGAGGGGGCCUUCAUCCCAUUGGCGCAGCAGAACGGAGUGUCGUCUAGCCCCGCCUCGUCUCGCACCGUCAACGGAGGCCUCCCUAUGGACAUCUCCAUGGAGCCCCACCUGGUCAACCAUGGGGAGUACCCACACUCGGUGGUCCAUAAUGGGGCUGUGUGCUCUCCUCCCCUGCCCUCCCCCAGCCCCAGCACCACCAGCAGUAGCAGCCAAGCCCAGGUGGCUAACGCUAACCCAUCUAUGACCCGGCAGCAGUCACUCCCUCAGCAGCUCAACUGUGGCCAGGGUGCUGGGGGUAACAUGCCUGCCUUCCAGCCUUUCUUCUUUACCAGUACAUUCCCUGUCAAUGUGCAAGAGCUGGUCCUAAAGGUGCGCAUCCAGAACCCCAACGCGCGGGAGAACGACUUCAUCGAGGUGGAGCUGGACAGACAGGAGCUGACCUACCGCUCGCUGCUUCGGGUGUGCUGUCGAGAGCUGGACAUCAGCACUGAACACGUGGAGAAGAUCCGCAAGCUGCCCAACACCAUGCUACGAAAGGACAAAGACGUGGCUCGGCUGCAGGACUUCCAGGAGUUAGAGGUGGUGCUGGAGAAGGCUGAGGGCCUGGCACUCCUCUCUGGGGCGGGAGGCCUCACCGACAGACCCUGCUACAACAUGAAGGCCUCCAGACUCACCUACUAGAGACCAACAGGAUUGACAGACACACAGACAGACCCUGCUACAACAUGAAGGCUUCCAGACUCGCCUACUAGAGACCAACAGGACGGACAGACACACAGACAGACAGACAGACCCUGCUACAACAUGAAGACCUCCAGACUCACCUACUAGAGACCAACAGGACGGACAGACACACAGACAGACAGACCCUGCUACAACAUGAAGACCUCCAGACUCACCUACUAGAGACCAACAGGACGGACAGACAGACAGACCCUGCUACAACAUGAAGACAUCCAGACUCACCUACUAGAGACCAACAGGACGGACAGACACACAGACAGACAGACCCUGCUACAACAUGAAGGCCUCCAGACUCACCUACUAGAGACCAACAGGACGGACAGACACAGACCCUGCUACAACAUGAAGACCUCCAGACUCACCUACUAGAGACCAACAGGACGGACAGACACACAGACAGACAGACCCUGCUACAACAUGAAGACCUCCAGACUCACCUACUAGAGACCAACAGGACGGACAGACAGACAGACCCUGCUACAACAUGAAGACAUCCAGACUCACCUACUAGAGACCAACAGGACGGACAGACACACAGACAGACAGACCCUGCUACAACAUGAAGGCCUCCAGACUCACCUACUAGAGACCAACAGGACGGACAGACACAGACCCUGCUACAACAUGAAGACCUCCAGACUCACCUACUAGAGACCAACAGGACGGACAGACACACAGACAGACAGACCCUGCUACAACAUGAAGGCCUCCAGACUCGCCUACUAGAGACCAACAGGACGGACAGACAGACCCUGAUGUCCAUGUGGACCCUACUAUCUCUCUAUUGACCGUAAUAGCCACUAUCGUUAUUAGUCCAUUUCAUUGCAUUAUGAUCCGGUGUCGUUCAGCCAGCGUUAUUAGGGGUUUGUUUAAACAUCCUGUUGUGUUAGCUAGGUAACGUGGUCGCCCUGCCUGUCCUUGCCUUGCUCCCUGCCAGUCUGUCCCAUGCAGCGCUCGCUAACCGAUUGCUCAUGCAUCAUGUCCUCAGUUAUAUACUGAAGAAUUUGGGCCUCCUUCCCUCUUCUCUUCCCUCUGUCCCUCUCUCUCUAGUUUGUGUUGUCGGGCUACAGUGGAACAUUGGCAUUGAGGGACAGUGAUAGUCUUCCUAGAUGGCUUAACUUAUGUACUGUACAUGGAUCCCUUUGUACUGGGCAUUAGUCAUACAUGUACUGGGGACUUGUCUCCUGGAUGACGAGGGGGUUGAGAAGAGUAGAGGGCAUUUGAACAGCUCUUCUGAUAUACAGCCAUGGCUCUUAUUAGUCCAACAUGGGCGGCUUAGUACAAUGUUGCGACACAGCUGACUUGCACACAGCAACAUGCAGUACUGCCGCUUGCUUAGUGGGCAUAGCAGGUGGCUGCCAACGUUCCAACUGGCAUUCACACCCAUGCUGCAGACUGCACACACACACACUCAGUCAUACUCCCACACUUCAGUGAUAUUUCCAGUUUUUCCUUCAGUGGUUGCCCAUGUUAUCACACUACCCUGUUUAUUUGUUCUUAGGUGGAUGCCUGAUGGAGCUCUUAACAGAGAUGUUGCUUUGUGCUGCUGAGGUUUGAUCAUCUAAGAGGGAGUGGGUGUGAGUGUUGUCUCUUGCCAAUUGAGAAGUUUUUGUUAGUUUCGCAGAACUGUUUAUGUGCUUAGUAAGCAAACAGAUGCUUGAAGUUUCAUCCGUAUUGUUAAGACAAUGUGUCUGUUUCUUAAAGAAGUCUCUUCGUCAGUUGGAAGAUAACAGCCUUCUAACAGAUGCUAUGGUUAGCUAGCUCCACAGACACCGUCUGGAUUCCAAUCAAACACCCAAUGUGGAACCAUUCUUCAUUGCUCCUGCUCUAUGAAUUUAGUUUUAUUCUACAAUGUUUACUUGCUGAAACAAAACUCAUUUAGAUUAACAUGUAUUGGGUGCAGGGGCAAUAUUGACAUGUUCUACAGUUUGGUUGAAUGUUUGUGUGUGAGUGGUUCUUUUCAAUGUAACAGUUAUUGGGUCUAAUAUUCAACUGACACUUUCAGCUGUGAAUGAAUUGAAUGGUAGACCGUUCCUAUAGAGUUCAGGUAUUAUUGAUUUAAGCAGAAUCCGCUAGGUUCACUCUAGGGGAAGUAUAUUCCCAGCUCAAGUAGGGGUUCCCCUAAAAUGAGCAUUUUAAACUGUUUCUGGAUCGCUUCACUUAAGAUACUUCCAUUUACUGUGAUUAGAUCAAAACCAAAUACAAACCUAGACAGAAAAAUAGUCUGGUUCUCCACAAUAGAUUAUCUAUCAUAAAUGUCCUAUUUUUGAAUUGCUGUAUGAAAUGUUUUUUAGUGUUUUCCGAGUGAACUGAAUGACGUGGGAAAAGGACAGUUUGAAAGGAUGGUUUCUGUUUCAUAAGUUUAACACGGCUGUUAUGUUUGAGUUCUUCCAUAACACGUUUCCCAGCCAUUCUCCCUGUUGCUUCUAUCAUACAGUGCAUUUGUCAUAAUACACAAGAUCACACUGCUCUGUGAGAACAUUUUAAACACAUAACCUACAUUAACAUGUAAGCUAGCUAGAGAUCAAAUGUUAGCUCUUGAGGGGUCCCCGAGUUUAACCUACUGACAUUUGACUUUUGUCAAGUUGUGGUGUUUGCUACUUCUUUGUUUGAGUAUAAAUGAUGAUUCAUACACAAGAACACAACCGUUAGUAGUGAAGCUGAAUGAGAGUGCAUUGAUUGAAAAGAUUACUGCUGAAAAUGCUUUAUGACAAACACAUUCUCUCAUAGAGGAAGACUAAGACCCUAACAUGUCCUAUCAGUCCUUUAUGCUGGUUAACACUACAGAAGUUUAUAAACAAUCAACAGUCAGUUACUAACAAAGGCGUUAAUUGUUUACCGUUCAAAUGUAUACCUUAAGCUCUGGCUGUCUUAGUAUGUUUUAAUGAUUAUAUAUUUUUAUUCAUUUGUCAUUUCCUUUUUUAACGAGAAAUGUCUUUAGUUUGUAUCGAUGCCUACAAGUAUGGAACGUGUUUAUCAAUGGGGGUGAAAGGGAAGGUAGGUUGCAGCUAGGAUGAAACCAAGUGUAAAGCCACAGUAUCUACUGUGUUGAAUGGGUUGAGUGUAAAUGUUGAAGAAAUACAAGACUAACUUGAACUUGUCAAAUGGACUCUCCAGAGAAUGUUGUAUUCCUAACGUGUGCCACGAGACCGAGAGGUACCUGGUUGAAGAAGCUGAAUGAUGAUGUUUGAAAUGCCUACGGCCAUUUUGUGCCCAGUGAAGGAGCACCAGUGUUCUAGAAUGUUCCAGAAUGAAUACUAGUUCUGUGAAAUGGAUGACUAACAUUGUACUGAUUGAUUGCUCAUGUUCUAGAGGAAGAAUACAGUAACUUUACCUAUGCAUUCAGAGUCUGAUAUUUUUAUAUGUCCUGUGUACCUUUGAUAAAUUCCUAAUAGGCACUGUUUAACUUGUGUUUGAUUGUGAAGACCUGUACCUGUUCUUUGAUAAAGCAUGGUGGGUAACUUGA